UGAUUUAUGGCCUCAAUCAGAUCAAUUUGAUUAUACACGUUGGUUACGUGAUCCUAAAACAGGUUUGAAACCAAAAUUACCUCAUCCAUUUACUUAUCUUCCGUUGGCUAUUGAUCCACGAAACUGUAUUGGACAAAAUUUUGCUUUAUUAGAAGCAAAAAUUAUCUUAGCUAUGUUUGUUCAACGAUGUAAUUUUGAAAUGAUACCAGGACAAAAAAUAAUACCGGAUUUUAAAAUUACAAUGCGCACAAAAUAUGGUCUUUUAGCAAGAAUUAGUAAACGUUAG